UCUUAUCGAUAGGGGUUUAUAUGAAAAGCCAAAAAAGAUUGGAGGAAAAAAAAUUGGUGCUGCUGCUGCAACGCACAAAAAGGUGCCAGAAAGCGCGCCAUGAUAUUCUUCUUCCAUGGCGAUAAUAUCUCCGCGAGGCUCCAACAAGUUCUUGCUAUCUCGCCUCAGAGCCCUAAUCAAGCAACAGUUGGUGGCUGUUUUUUUUCCUAAUACGCAGAGACUCGUCCAUGCAUUGUCUGAGGGAGGGUUGCAAGCUCAGGUUCACCCUAAAAUGGUUCCAGACUCCGUGCCAGACCAAGGUUUCAUUGAUAUGUCCAAGUGGAAAAAGGUCAACGCGAGGGUCCUUGGGAUAAAACCCUCCAUGAUUUCGCAGCCCUCUUGGAUUGUCUUGAAACUUCUUCAGGCUGAAGGAUUUGAGGCCUACUUAGUGGGUGGAUGUGUCAGAGACUUAAUCCUCAAAAGAGUACCUAAAGACUUUGAUGUGAUCACUACAGCUAAUCUUAAAGAGAUCAAGAAGAAAUUUCAUCGUGCAGAUAUUGUUGGGCAACGGUUUCCUAUAUGCAGGGUGCAUGUUAAAGGCACUGUCAUUGAGGUAUCGAGUUUUGAAACAGUGGCAAGAGAUGCAGGAAAAAAUAAAGAGAAAGAUAGUUUAUCUUGUAGGCCACCUGGCUGUGAUAAGAAAGAUUUCAUCCGUUGGAAAAACAGCAUGCAUCGGGACUUCACUAUUAACAGUUUAUUCUUUGAUCCUUUUACGAAUAAGAUCUAUGAUUAUGCCAAUGGAAUCAUGGACUUAAGGCAAUUAAAGCUACGGACGCUAGGCUCUGCCAAAUUGUCAUUUGAAGAGGAUUGUGCAAGAAUCUUGCGGGGCUUAAGAAUUGCUGCUCGUCUGAGCUUGUCAUUUUCAAAAGAAACUGAGACUGCAAUGCAUAAGCUUUCUUCAUCCAUUUUGAGUUUGAGUAAGUCCAGAAUAAUGAUGGAGAUGGACUAUAUGCUUUCUUAUGGAGCUGCUGAGGCGUCACUAUGUUUGCUGUGGAGAUUUGAUCUAAUCAGAGUUCUGUUUCCCUUUCAUGCAGCAUACUUUGAUCAACAGAGUAAAAACUUGAAAGGUGUUCAGAGUUCCACGAUGUUGAUGAAAUUAUUCUCGAAUAUGGAUAAAGUGGUUAGCUGUGAUCGGCCUGGUCACUGCUCUUUAUGGGUCGGACUGUUGGCAUUUCAUCUGGCACUAGUCAAUAACCCACAAGAUGCUCUUGUAGUGUUGACUUUUGCUUCCGUACUGUAUCAUGAAGAAUGGAAAGAAGGUGUUAAAUUUUCCAGAGAGAAUGUUGCAUCAAUAGUUAACUAUGUACCUGAGAUCUCAGGCUCGUGUGAAUUUAAAUCAGAGGAAGAACUUGCAAAACAAGUUUCACAAUUAGCUUCUGUUGUGCUAGAUUAUAUUGCCGCUUUAACUGCAACGAAAGAUCCCGAUGAAUCAAUGUCCAGAUAUCCUGUUUUUCCAUUCUCUGGGUUGGUGUUUUUAUCAAAGAAUAUGGCUAAACAUGUUGCUGCAAUUGUUGAAGUGCUGGCCAACGACAUCGAAUAUUACAAUCAAGGAAGGAAGAAUUUUGAGAUUGAUUGCCACUCACUUGGGAAAGGUCAUAUGCGUGAGAUUAGGUUUGUUUUAGGAAAAGUUAUUCUAGAAACCAUGGACAGUGGGAUUUUGAGAGGGAAGGAAGUUGUUCAGGAGAACGAGGACGACUACCACCUGCAGCCGGAGAGCAUUGACAAAAAUUUCACUAAGGAUAGAAAACGUGGCCGUACAACUGAUACCCCUGAACUAAAAGAAGAUUUGUCCAAGAAACAUAAGGUGAAAGAAGCUUUGGAUCCAGACAUUGCUAUCGAUAAUCAAGAGGUUGUUGAAACAACUCAAUUACCCCAGAAGGAGUUGAUUUCAGUUCUGGGAAAUAUAUUAGAGAAGAAAAAGCGUCAGUUGCCAGAAGAGGUGAUUGGGAAAAAGCGAGAGCUUUCCAAGAAUGAUAAGCAUGAUAAGUUCCAGAAUAAGCAGAAGAAGAAUAUUAAGAAGUGUAAUUCAAGUCGGGAGGAGACUCUUAAUCCGGAAAAUAUGUUAGAGCAGAGAAGGUAUCCUGUAACAAGGAAAGUGAUCCGUGAGAAGAUUACAGAACUCAGACAAGAAACAGAUGAGGAGAGAAGCAGUCCACCUCCACCAUCUAGUCAUUUCAGCAGUGGGGUUGAGGAGAUUCGGAAACGCAAACAAGUAGCAGAAAAGCCAAUAUCUGGAGGACUAUGUGCCGGAAAGCGUGGACAGCAGCAGAUUAGGCAGACCAGGAGGGCUUUUGGAGUCAUUAAUCAGAGUUUGUCAGGAGCUCCGGCAUACCCUUGUGUAGUUAACAAGAGACCCUUUUUGCAAACACAUGAAGUUUAUGAGAAGAAACAGGCAGAUCCAGCGCACAGACCAAUCACAAGGAAGUCUGCUGCACAAAUUAGCACUCAGCAAUCUUGUUUCAAGGAAGUUAAGAUCUCCAAGGUGCCAAACACAACAGCUACAGCCACCAACUCAACUGGUUUUGGAGAUCGCACUAGUAUAUUUGUAGAUGACGAAUUCAAGUCCCCUGAAGAGCAAGCAGAAGCAAUGCCGGAGGAUGCAGAGCCCAUGUUUUUAGAACAAGCAGAACCAGAGCCGGAGGAAGCAAACGAUGCGGAGGAGGUUGAAAUGGUGGACAUUGUGGAAGAGCCGAUUGUGGACAUUGAUGGCAGCGAUUUGAAGAAUCCGCUUGCAGUUGUAGACUAUGUUGAGGAUCUCUAUGCUUACUAUAGGAGAACGGAGGGUUUUAGCUGUGUCCCACCUGACUAUAUGGAGCAACAUUGUGACAUCAAUGAGAAGAUGAGGGCUAUACUAAUUGACUGGCUUAUUGAGGUGCAGGACAAGUUUGAGCUGUUGAAGGAGACAUUGUUUCUUACUGUGAAUCUCAUCGAUAGAUUUUUGUCCCGGCGUACGGUUGUAAGAAAGAAACUUCAGUUGGUUGGUCUGGUUGCCAUGCUUUUAGCAUGCAAGUAUGAGGAAGUUUCUGCUCCUAUUGUUGGGGAUUUGAUUCUCAUAUCCGAUAAGGCUUACACAAGGCAGGAAGUCCUGGAAAUGGUAAUUCGUUGUUCUUUCUUUGGUCGAAUAUCCUUAACGGUUUCGCAUACUAUGGAAAUAAAGUUACUUCUUGGAGCACUAGUUCUAAUUUUUCUUCCCUUUGUGCAGGAGAACUUGAUGCUCAACACACUGCAGUUUAACAUGUCAGUAGCAACGCCGUAUGUUUUCAUGAGUAGAUUCCUCAAGGCUGCUCAAUCCGACAACAAGAUUGAACUGCUAUCGUUCUUCUUGAUCGAGCUCUCUCUUGUGGAGUACCAAAUGCUGAAGUUUCCACCAUCUUUGUUAGCGGCUGCUGCAGUCUACACUGCUCAGUGCACUCUUUUCGGGUUCAAGCAGUGGAGCAGAACCUGCGAGUGGCACACAAACUACUCGGAAGAACAGCUCUUAGAGUGCUCAAGUUUGAUGGUGGGAUUCCACCAGAAGGCGUCGACGGGGAGACUGACAGGGGUUCACAGGAAGUACAGUACUUCCAAGUUUGGCUACAUUGCAACUUCAGAACCAGCAAAGUUUCUGCUGCAGACUCAACAACUAUAGCAGGCCCCUUGCACACACACUAACAAACAUUACAUAUGAUGACUUUGUUAAUUGAGGGUUAAUUGGCUAAUUUGAGAAGAAGAAGAAGAAGAAGAAGAAGAUACUUGCACAUAAUUAUUUAGCAACAGUGGUUGCACCUGGGAAAAUUGGGUUACUCUAGAUUUCUAGGGUUUGCAGCCUCAAAUUGUUUGCCUGAGAAAGCAGCCAUGGUUUUCUUGGAGCAUGGUUUAUGUUUGCGCUUUUUAAACAAUGAUAAAUGCCAAUUUUUUUCGGUAGAAAACAAUUGCUGCCACUUCUCGAAAGCCAUCAUGAACUUUGUACUAGUAAAAAAUAAAAAUUAAAAAAAAGCAUAUAAUGA